AUGACAGAUGGUAACGGGCACAAGGUGAAGCCACUGCCGCCGGUAUCGGUGACAUUUCUCGGCACAAGCAGUGGUGGCGGACCGAUACUGAGCAGGAACUGCUCGUCCUUGGGAGUUGAUUUCGGCAAUGAGACCUGGUUAUUCGACACUGCCGAUGGAACACUCAUGCGACUCCAUCAAUCCUCAUUACGAAUAGCCAGUAUAUCACGUAUAUUUAUAACCCACAUGCACGCCGAUCAUACAUUGGGGCUGGUAGCUAUCAUGAUGACCAUUAUGAGUGGGGUAGGGGUAAAACCUGGAGAGAAUGAAGAAUUAGCAAAAUUGGGUAAAAAGAAAAAAGCUACUUUCCAUAUAUACGGUCCAGCUGGAAUCAGGAAAAUGGUCAGAGCCACGUUGAAUGCUACAUCCAUAAACUUGUCAGGGGUGUUUGGCGUUCACGAAUUGUUACUAAACGGUGAACAGCCGUCUGUCACUUGUGAAGAAGAAGAGCUGCAUAGUAAUGAGGCUGUUGGAAUAGAUUACAUAGCUGAUAAAGAUGGUGUGUGGAGAGGUAUACUGGAACAGGGCAGUGGGAAAAACGGAAAAGGUUGGAGUGUUAAAGCUGGGCCCAUACAUCAUCGAGAAGAACCUAUACCGCGAGCGCAGCUGGACACUACAACGCUCAUACCGUUGCUGCAAUCGAAUGCUGAAGCACUCGCUGCCCUCGAUCCCCCAAUCAAACAUCCCUUAUCCCUCUUGUCCCACCUCACCUCGCUUCCCCCUCCUGAUCCGUACACACUUCCCUCUGGACAUGUUAUACGUCCGCCCGAGCCAUCAGGUGUACAUCCACGUAAGCUGGUGAUUCUGGGUGAUUGCUCGGGUGGAACGGAGAACGCGACUUUCCAAAAGAUGUGUCAAGAUCCAAGUUUAUUAAUACACGAAUGUACCAAUGGUCAUAUACCUUUCAAUGUUCAAAGGGGCGAUAAAGGUAUGAAGAUACGUAAAAAAGAUUUAGAGCCGAGUUUAGAAGAAAAGAGGGAUAGACAGUUUUUUCAUAAAGCUGGAGAGAAAAGGGACAAUCGUAAUGAAGAUAUCUCAGCAAUGGAAGAAGAGAAGAGACUGGCCAUACAGCAAAAAGCGUUGUCUAGAGGACAUUCGACGCCGUUUGAAGUUGGUACUUUUGCCAAAGCGAUUGGGGCAAGACGGGUGAUCAUCAAUCAUUUCUCGGCAAUGUUUCCUUCACCGAGAUAUCAUACUUCCGAUCCGUUUCCUUCGAUCAUAUCACCCGUAUCUCCAUUCCCUUACCCCACGCCUCAUACACCAUCACACGGUGAUCCGCCUAUAGAACCUCAUCCUCUCACCAGGACAGAGCUGCAUACUCGAUUGAUCAUGCAAAGUCUCGCUGAUCAGAUAACGGAGAUCUGGACGAAAGAUGAUGGAGUGGAACGAAUGGCCAUUCCGUCGAGAGAUUUCAUGGUGCUUAGAAUACCAGGACAUGAGUUGAGUCAGAGUGAACAAGAGGAAAUCAGAACGUAUAGAGAUGGAUUGGAGCAAGUGAUGGAGUCUUGGAAAACUCAUGGAGGUGCUUGGGUUACGAGGGCUGUAGGCAGGAUAUGGCUGGGAGUGGACCCUGCCCCCAUGCGUCAGAUUUAG